GCCCUACUUGAUCUUUUUCCAUCGCAUCCAUGUUCUCUUCUCUCCCAAACAUUCUCGUAAAUUCCCUACUCGCCACACCCCACCGCUUCCGCCUCAGAACACUGCAUCAAGUACGCACAAUGUCCGUCUUCAACACCUCCCGUCUCGCUGGCAAGACCGUCCUUAUCACUGGUGCUUCUGCUGGUAUUGGCGCUGCCACCGCGGAGCUCUUUGCCAAGACCGGCGCCAACCUCGUCCUCCUCGCCCGCCGUGCCGACAACCUCAAGGCCGUCAAAGCCAAGAUCGAGGCUGCCCACAAAGAGUCGGGACUGAAGGAGGGUGGAAAGGUGGUGCUCAUUGAGGCUGAUAUCCAGAAAAAGGAGGAUGUGGAUGCUGUACCCAGCAAGCUUGAGGGCUUGGAGGUCGACAUCCUCGUGAACAAUGCUGGUAUGGUCAGAGGAAAGGAGCAAGUCGGUGACAUCUCCGAGGACGACAUCAACGUCAUGCUCUCCACUAACGUCAUCGGCCUCGUCAACCUCACCCAAAUAUUUGUCCGCGAGUUCAAAGCCCGCAACCGCGGCCACAUCAUCAACCUCGGCUCUGUCGCCGGCCGCGAGCCCUACGCCGGUGGUGCCAUCUACUGCGCCACCAAGCAUGCCCUCGCCGCCAUCUCUGGCUCCCUCCUCCGCGAGCUCGUCAACACCCCUAUCCGAGUGUCAGAAGUACAGCCGGGGAUGGUCGAGACGGAGUUUAGUUUGGUGAGGUUUAGGGGUGAUCAGGCUGCGGCUGAUAAGGUGUAUGAGGGUUUGGUUCCUUUGAGUGGACAGGAUAUCGCGGAGGAGAUUGUAUGGGUCGCUUCUAGGCCCGAGCACGUCAACAUUGCCCAACUCUUUGUACUCCCCGUCAACCAGGCUUCUCCUACCAUCGCCCACAGAUCUUCAUAGACAUGUUUUACAGCGCACCCGCAUCAGCAAAUCAAUAUUGCAAAAUCGUGAAUCAUCAUGCAUAGACACAAUGUCGCUUGGACAA